AUGGCGCGGCGCAUAACUGGCGCGGCGCCGCCGCCCCGCCUGCUGCUGCUGCUGGCGGCAGUGGUGGCUGCGGCGCAAUGGGCGCCCUCCGCAGCAGCGCAGACGUGCGGCAACAUCGACGCCCUGGGGCCGGGGCGCGCCAGCGGCAAGGGCGUGAAGAACGACGCCCCCGCGCUGGCAGCCAUGGACAGCAACCCGUCGGUGGGGCUCAUCUACCUGCCGCGCGGCCGCUACCGCAUCAGCUCCUCCCUGUCCCUGCGCAAGCCGGUGCUGGGGGAGCAGGGCGCCGUGUUCCAGGUGGAAGGUGGCGCCACGCUGACCCUGCAGUCGCAGCCAGAGUACGGGCUGUGGCGCCUGUUUGACGUGCGAGCUGGCGGCAAGGUUGCGUUUGGGAUCGACACAGUGCGCGUCUUCCCAGAAUGGUUUGGCGCGGUGGGCAGCGGCAAGGUGGAUGAUGCGCCCGCCAUUCAGGCGGCGUUUGACACGGCGGCCUCGUCUGGCGCCGCCAUGCUAUACCUGUCCAACGCUAAGUAUGGGAUCGGGCGCGAGGUGACCUUCACCAACGCGGCCAACGUCAUGUCGGAGCCCGACGCGCGCUUCGGCGGCUACUCCUUCAAGAACGUGCUGCCGCACCUGUCGGGCUUUGCCGACUUCUGCCUGCGCCUGUUUGGCGCCGACCUGGGCUCCUUCCAGCUCAAGACGCUGGCCAACUGCGGCGACGCGAUCCGGCUGGAGGCGCAGCCGCCCAAGGAGGGCGACAUUGGCACCGUGCUGGACAACACCAUCUGGUUUGACACCAUCACAAACAGCCGCAACGGCAUUGCGUACCGCGCGGGGGAGGGGUGCGGGGGUGACGCCUGCAUCUUCCAGGGCAACCAGGUGCUGGGCAGUGCCAUCACCGGCUGCGCGGCCUCGGGCCAGACCGCCGCCAUGGCCUUCUUCUUCUCCGCCAAGCCCAUGCCCGCCUGGGACUCCAACCAGUUCAACAUUGCCACCGUGACGCCCUGCAAGACCAACACAGCCUACGCCUUGCUGUAUGCCGACCCCCGCACCGAGACGGCGCGGGAGGUGGUGAGGAUUGGGUCGGUGGGGGCUGUGGCGCCAGGCGCCACCCUCUUCUCGGGCAGGCAUAUCGUGCUGCAGGCCAGCAUCAACCUGCGGGAGCAGCAGCCUGAUGGCGCGGGUGCAUUGCGAGGGCUGGCAUCCAUGGUGGAGUUCUCCGGGCAAACCAACCCGCUGCUGGCCAGCACGCCGAUCAAGGCAGCCACGCGGCCCCGCAGCAAGAGCCUGUUCAACGGCGGCAAGUCGCUGCUGGCCAACUACUUCACGAUACGGGCGGUGCCGGAGCUGGACUGGCUGCCGGGCGAGUCCCAGACCUUCUACGUGUACCAUCAGAUGGCCACCGGCGAGCUGUACAACAUCAAGUGCGACGCGCCCAAGCUCAAGUCCACCGGCCUCCCGCUGGUGUCGUGCCUGCAGGUGAGGGACAAUGCUGGGGGCGGCGCCAAGGACGAGAUCCAGGUAACCCUGAUCAACCUCACAGGCCAGACCAUGGUGGCCGGCAGCCAGCAGAUCACCUUCACCAUGGCCGUCGCCACGCUAGGCAGCCCCUGA